CCUCGCCUCGCCUCGUCUCGUCCGCUGCAUCUCGAACGGGUAUGGAAUUUUGCGCGACGACAAUCCGAUGAACUUGGCGCGUCGACAUAACCUUUAAACCGCAUCUCUUUAAACGAUCUCGUGAUAUCGUCGUUUCCUCGAGUCCUCGUUAAUCGGCAGAGACUGUCGUUCUCGCGCGAUCGCGACGAGAUACUUAUCGUCUCUCUUUUAUUCUCGGCGGCCCGAAAGAAAUCGCAACCACCCGUCAAGACACACGGCUGUCACGGCUUUGAUUCGCUAUCUGCUUGCGCGCGUUCGUUCUAUCGCGAAUCUUCAUUCAUUCGUUCGUUGCUACUUUAUUCUCCUAGUAUUUUACAUACAUACAUACAACAUAUAUACAUACAUACAUGCACUACGUGUUUGUCGUAUUGUAUUUGACAAUGUUCAGUUUGAUUCUGUUCUGUAUACUUUUGUUUUCGCGCGACGUUAUAUCGAGAAUACAAUCAGUUUUGUACCUUUAAGUUUACGAUUGAGACGUAUUAAUAAAUUUCGUUCUUCACGCAACAAAUUUGUGUUUUUAUUUCGUCGACUCGCACACUCUCGUACUCGUGUCACCUUCCAUUUUUCCUUCAUAUCAAUCUCGCACAGUCUUGUAUAUUAUUCGUAAGUACCUAUAUAUGCGUUCGAGAGAGGAACUUCUCUCACCCUUGUGUCCGCUUUGUUGUCGCGUUUGAUAUAAAUACGUAAUUUUCACCACGUUUAAAAUUGUCACGUUUCUAAUCGGAUCUUCAUAUUGAGCGUACACAAAGCGACUAGGCAAUGCGGAAGCAGCGCGAGACAAGUGGUAAACAAUAGAGUGCAAAGUAAAGACCAGAGCGAAUAUUACUGUGAUCGUUAUCCAUCGUUCCUCCUACUAAUCAAAGAGCGAUGGUGUACUGAGAGAUUAAACUUGAAUUUGCGGAGAACUAGAUAAUUGAGAGACAAUUCUUCGAGAAAAUGAAUAAUCAAGCGUUCAGUUUGGCGGAGAGGCUCAUACCUUCGACUUACGUGCAACAAGGUUUAAACGCCAAGAAAUCUCGCGAGAAUCUCAUACGGCAUUUUAUCGAACAUCGGAAAUGGCCGGAAGAAGGUUGGGACGAUGCAACGAUAGAAGCGUUCCUGUCGGAUCUAUCGCAAAUGGAUAGCAAUAAUUUCCCCUCGAAUUGUAGCGUUGGUGAACGCGAAGCGAGAAUUGUAUCAAAUAUCGUCGCGAGACGACACUUUCGCAUGGGACACGGCAUAGGCAGAUCCGGCGAUCUAGAAGAAGUACAACCCAAAGCUGCUGGUAGCAGUUUAAUGUAUAAAUUAACAAAUUCUUUAGUGCUCGAAGUUAUACGAUAUAUGGGGGUGAAGAGUAUAGCGGGUUGCUUUCUAUCCCCAAUGGCUACAGGAAUGAGCCUAGUUUUAUGUAUGCUAACGCUUAAACAAGACAGACCACGAGCGAAAUACGUUUUAUGGCCUAGAAUCGAUCAAAAAUCUAGCUUCAAAUCUAUAAUCACAGCCGGCUUAGAACCUAUAGUUAUCGAAAUGCAAAUAAUAGGGGACGAAUUGAAAACCGACAUGCAAAGACUCGAAGCUCAAAUGGCGGCUUUAGGCGAAAGCGUCGCUUGUGUACUUACAACAACCAGUUGCUUCGCACCCAGAGCGUGCGACUCUGUAGAUGCUAUCGCAGCCCUCUGCAGUCAAUAUAAUAUACCGCAUUUGGUAAACAAUGCAUAUGGCUUGCAGAGUACAAGAUGCAUGCAUCUCAUACAAGAAGCAUCGAGAAAGGGUCGUGUAGAUGCCUUUGUUCAAAGUACGGACAAGAAUUUUCUAGUUCCAGUGGGUGGUGCUGUCAUAGGUUCCUUUGACAAGACUCUCUUGGAUCGCAUAUCGAAAAUGUAUCCGGGACGUGCGAGUGCGAGUUCUGUUAUGGAUGUAAUGAUAACGCUAUUGAGUCUCGGAAUGGCAGGGUACAAACAAUUGAUUGCUCAACGUAAGGAAAUGUAUUCUUAUCUGAAAGAGGAAUUGGGAAAAUUAGCAACGAGACAUGGAGAAAGGCUCUUGGAUACUAAGGGCAAUCCGAUAUCCAUGGCUAUGACUCUUCAGUGUCUAAGUCAUCAACAUGACAACAAGCAAGUUACUAUGCUAGGAUCAGUGCUAUUUCUGCGUAAUGUUAGCGGUACUAGAGUAAUAACGACAACAGAUUCUAAGCACAUUGUUUCACAUAAAUUUGAAGGCUGGGGCGCACACAACAGCAACUACAGAGUUCCGUAUCUAACUGCUGCAGCAGCAUUAGGUAUGAAGAGAUCUGAUGUGGAUGCAUUUAUACAAAGAUUGGAUAAAGCUUUAACAAAAGUAAGGAGGCGUUCAGCGCCAGUAACACCUACCGCUUCGCUCGCCGGUUCUAGCAUCAAUGGUGAUGCAGGUGGUACUGGUGGACCAGGAGAAUCUAGCACAGCCUCAACUAGUCGUGCAAGUAGCAAAGAUAGUUUGAGAAAAUGAACCGUAAUCAACGCAACUGGCCAGUCUAACCAGCAUAUUAAUAUCAAUUUGUAAGUAAUUUAUCGCUUACAAAUUGGUAUCUAUAGCAUGUUUCUGGGGAAUGUAAUUUGGCAGACACACAAAAUUGUAUUUAUUUGUAUAUCGACCACGUGUUCAUAUAUUGACAAAAGUUGUAUGAAAUCUGAAACAACAUUGAAAAUUUGAAGCUUUUACGAAUUUAAAAGCACUUCAACACAUUAUGUAAAGUAUUUCCUAUGGAAUGUAAAGAAAAAUAUAUGAAAAAAUUCCUCUCUAAAACAUGAUAAUGAAACAGUGAUCUAUAUAUCAAUUUUCAUAGACACAUGCUAGAUACAAAUAUGCUGAUUUGUCUGACCAUUUGCGUUGAGAUAUUGUCAAUUUAAACCAUAUACCAAAAAAGGAUGACUUAUGUUUCACAAACAUUAAAGAGAUCAUCAAAAUAUUUGAGAAAAACGAAAAAUAAAAAAAGACACAAACACACAAAGCAUACUAGAAUUCUUAUGGCUCUAUUUCACAAGAGAUUUAAGUGAUAGCGCUGGCCGCCGAUUUAAUAAAGUUAAUGUGUUCUUUGUUAAAAUGUACAUGCUAUUUAUU